AUGUGCGAUUCACGGUGAGCUGCAUCAAUAAUCUCGUUUCUUAUCAAUUACAGUGUUUUACACCGGGUUUCGCAAAAUUUUUGGAAUGGGAAGAAUUUAUCUGUAUUUAUUUUCAUGUAUAAGAUGUAAUGCAAUAUCUAUUAGCGUCGAAAACCUCAUUUUUAAAUCAAUUUCGAAACUCACAUGAUGUAAUAUUUGUUCUUGCAGGUUCCUCCACAGGCCAGCCAACAUGGAUGAUUGGGGUUAGGUUACUUUAUAUUUUUAUUUUGUUUUUAGGUCCUCAAGGAUAAGACAAAUAAAAGGCUAACCUUAACUUUUAUUUCAGAUGCAGACGACUUUGAUCCAACUGCGCAGUUGCAGGACAAGAUCGCCACUCUUGGAUUGGAGGAGAAAUUACGGGAUGAGCCCGAGCCUGAACCCAAGAAGGAGAAGUCGAAUAAAGCUGCUUCGUCGAAGGCAAAACCGGCUGCCUCGGGUGGCCAGAGGGAGCUGAGCCGGGCCGAGAUUCUAGACUUGCAGAAACGGUCCGAUAUGGAGCUUUUUGCCGAUUUGAUUGGUGAGUUGAAGACUUAUAUUACUAUGAUCUAUUGGCCAAUUAUCCAUAAAAUAGAAGAUUUUUAAAAAUUAAUCCCAUUUUAAGGUGCUGAAUCGACGGAUAAGAAGUUUACCGAACUCGAGUCGCGUCUGGACUUUACAGAAUUUGCCGAGAAAACCGCCUCUGCCUUCUCUGCCCGUUCUGGUUCCGCUUAUUAUACCGAUUUUGUUACCGUUCUUGUUGACCAGAUCACCAAUCCCUGUGAGUUUCUUCACUUUCAUGUAUUUUUUAUUUUUAGUGAACAAAUUUCAAUUGGAAAACAUCGUUACUCUCUUGCAAGGCAAGGUAAAACAAUUGGCGGAAGCUGAAAAGGCCGAAAAAGUGAGGGUUUUGAUAUAAAAUUUAUUGGAGUUUAGUAAUUUUUACUCAAUAAAUACUUGCAGGAGAAGGAAGAAGCUGAAAAAGCCGCCCGCGAGGCUCAGAGCAAGCAAAAGAACAAGAAAAAGAUAAAAAAAGAGGUGUUUGAUGACUAUGUGGAAGAUGAUUAUGAUGAUUAUAUCGACAAGUUCUGA